CUGCCGAAGUCUCAGGUGUGGGAGCUUUUAAAAGAGGGUUUGGAGGCUCUGCGUUUGGGAUUGUUUUGUGGUGCUUGAGGUGAGGAAGGUACAGGGCCAACUGAAGCCUGAACCUGAGUGACAACCCUGAUUUCUCAUGGCACAUCUCAAGAACAAGGCUUUGUUACCAGGUUUACCUGGCCAAGUGUUCGUGGAGGUCAUGGUGAACACAGCAAGAGGAAGGUUUCUCAUAUUCAGCUUCAAGGCUUACGUCUGUACAAUUGACAAGCUGCUGGGGCUGUCCAUUGCUACACUGAGCACAGUCACCCGCUAUGGGCUUCACUUCUCCAUCAUCAGCAACAUCGCCCCCGAGAGCAGCUGCUACCGGGACAUCCACCACGCAGCUUUCUACGUCGGCGUCUUCCUCAGCAUGACCCUGAUCCUCGCAGCCCUGCUGAGCGCGGUCGCCACGGUGCGAGAGUCGCGGUGCCUCACGGCAACGGCAUUUUUCUGCUUUGCUCUGGCCUUCUGUGGGAUGAUACCAGCUCUCUGCUGGAGAUACAUGCACAGCACAGAGGUGGAGGACAGUAUGCUGGAUGUGUACGACCUCGUGUAUGAGGAGGUGAGGAGGAAUGGCUCUAGCUCCAAGAGGCACGAGCUGACUCUCAUCCAUGAAAUAUUCCUGUGCUGUGGGAAGCACUCCCCUCUUGGAGACACAGCUGCUGUCGAGCACAACAUGUGCCAUCCUGGCACAGAGCGGACUGCUGGACAGGAUUGCCUACAAGAGAUGCAUGGCUUUCUGAAGAAGCACAUGGGCUUUGUCUCCACACUCCUGGGCAUCACCAUUGGCUUCACGGUAGCUGUACCUGUUCCUGUGUGCUCCUGGCCCCACAGGGGACUUCUAGAUAAUGCAGGAAAGCCUUUGAAGUGUGCACUAAAGGAAAUCCCACCAUGAGAGUGGCCAUUGUGACAGCAGGAUGUGGAGCAAAGCGAGCCAGCUGGGACCACGGCUCUGAUGUCCCCAUCCCUGUGGCAGACGUGUCCCCACCGAUUUGCACAAUGAGGCCAACACAGAGCAUGUUGUUGCAGCCCUUCUUACACCUCCUGCAACAUCCUCACUUUGAUAAGCUGCCUGUGCAAAUCCUGAGACGUGAUCAGAUGCAGCACCGUGUACUCGUCGGAAAAGCGCGGUACAAAGGAAGUGUGCUGUCUUCUGCGCUUGCGCUGUGCGUGUGUUGGGGGCUUAUUUUUGUUGUUUUUUUUAGGUUAUUCCAAACAAUGCAUGAGGAUUUUUUUUCCUCUCUCUGUUAUGUACACAAAGGGCUAUUAUGAGUUUGUUUGCAUGGAGGGUCGUUUUGAGGAAGGAGUUUGAAGUCUGAGUUUCCUGGCUUCUUCUCGCUUUUUAGAUAUUUUUAGGAUCGAGCUUGAGCCGUGCUGUGCUAAUUCCAAUCAGAUGCUUUCACCACAUGAGUUUUUCUUUUUUUCUUCUAUCCCAUGUUGGAAUUGAUAUUUACUCUUUUAGUGGAAAAGAGCUCCCUCAAGAACAGUCUGACGCUUUCAUAUGUAACAAAUUCAGAAGUGCCAAUGGAACCAGCAGGCAACACUUAGGAUCACUUAUUCGCACAGCUGGAGCAUCCUCCUCCAUUCAGCAUUUAAUUGUUUGCCCAUCUUGUC